UCGAACAGUGAAGAGUGAACAGCUGACUGAGGGCUGCACAGCACGGAUGCAAAUAUUGUAAAAAGGAUAAACUGCUGGCCUGCUGCAAGUGGUGGUAAACUGUGAAAUCAGAGUUAAUAAUAAAUAUUCCUGUUUUGGAUGUUUAUAUUGAUGUAACCGUAAAAACCGCGAAAACAGAAUGCCUCUCUGCAGUGCUAGAGCCGAGCUGCUCCCUAUGAAAGCUCAUUUCUUCCUUUUCAAUGCUGGAACCGCACCUAUACAACCGUUCAUGCCAGUCUAUGCGAAGCAACUGGGCUUCUCUUCAGCUCUAGUAGGCACCAUAUACACUAUUCUGCCGUUUACGGGAAUGCUGACCAAACCAAUUGUGGGGGCCAUAUCAGACCGCUUCCGUUGUCACAAGCUAUUGUUCAUCAUUUCAAUUGUAAUUACAAUCAUCUCGUUCUUCGCUAUAAUGUACAUUCCGCCGGUGGAAGGCAAACUGAUUGGUGAAGUGCAUUGUACGCCUGUCUUCACUCACUUGAGGUUCUGUCCACCGCCCAAUCGCACUGAUCGUUACAUGGUUGACAAAGUCAUGGCUGAACAUAAAGACAACACUUCCAUCACGUGCAAGAUGGAAUGUAUUGGAACGCCAGAGUUUACGACAGAGGUGUGCAGUGUUUGGGGCUUCAAGCAUUACUGUUCAACAUCCCAGCCUGCAUCCAAUUACAUUGCUCUGGCUCAGGCCCAUGCCUUGAAAGAGGGUCUCGAUCCGAACAUUGGAAAAACUGCGGUCAUCAAGAGUACCACCACACCUGCUCCUGUAACUAGUCUUCAGGAUUUGAAAUUUGAGGGUGCUUUACAGCCUUUUCAUACACAACAGGUGGGCGGUUGUUUAUUCAUUCGCAUGACCGGCGUGCGCGAUCUGACGUCGAAUGACUACCAGAAUGAGAUCGCGCCGUCGUGUCGGAAGCCGAUCCACACCACAUGCAAGUUCGUCUGCGACAGUCCGGCGCUGGUCGACAUUGCCGAGGACCGUGACCUUGAGACGCCCAUCAUCCAUCUCCAGUUCUGGGCGUUGGUUGCUUGCCUCGUAUUCAGCUGGAUGGGUAUGGCGGCCGUUGUUAGCAUUGGAGAUACUAUCUGCUUUGGAUUAUUAGUCGACCACGACAGGGACGAGGUUGGAUGUAGUGGAAAGCGGUUAUGUUUAAUUGAGGGUUUUUGUUGUCAGGUGGGCGGUUGUUUAUUCAUUCGCAUGACCGGCGUGCGCGAUCUGACGUCGAAUGACUACCAGAAUGAGAUCGCGCCGUCGUGUCGGAAGCCGAUCCACACCACAUGCAAGUUCGUCUGCGACAGUCCGGCGCUGGUCGACAUUGCCGAGGACCGUGACCUUGAGACGCCCAUCAUCCAUCUCCAGUUCUGGGCGCUGGUUGCUUGCCUCGUAUUCAGCUGGAUGGGUAUGGCGGCCGUUGUUAGCAUUGGAGAUACUAUCUGCUUUGGAUUAUUAGGUGAUAAACCGAGUGACUAUGGAUACCAAAGACUGUGGGGCUCUGUUGGCUGGGGCAUCUUCGCUAUAUUAGCUGGCUUACUGAUCGAUAUGUUCAGCAACGGUCUGGUGCUUAAAAACUAUACACCGGUCUUCUAUUUGAUGGCUGUGAUUUUAAUUUUUAAUGUAGCUAUUGCAACUCGUAUCAAGGUUAGUGUGAAACCUUUUUCAUAUCUUGAUGACUCACGCACUGUUAUCGUUGUUUAUGCAUGUAUCUUUUCUUUACCUGUAAAACUGCGUUUACAUUGGUUUGGCAUGUGUACUUCACUGAUUUGGAAUUUCCUUUUUUGGCACCUGGAGACUUUGGCGAAAGGCAACAACGAUGUGAUCUGGAUGAAGACAUUGCAAGGAGCCAUAAUGGCUGUACAGUGCUUUGGUGGAGAACUUCCAUUCUUUUUCAUAUCAAGUUGGAUGCUGAAGAAGAUCGGCCACGUGAAUGCAAUGUCAUUAGUUCUGUUCGCGUUCGGCGUGAGGUUCCUGUUGUACUCGAUACUGGUGGACCCGUGGUGGUGUCUGCCGAUAGAGCUGCUCAACGGGCUGACGUUUGGCACGUUCUAUGCCACAAUGGCUUCCUAUGCUAGCAUCAUUGCUCCGCCGGGUACCGAGGCAACCAUACAAGGCAUGGUGGGGGCCGUAUUCGAAGGAAUAGGCCUGUCUUCAGGGAGCUUUAUUGGCGGCCUAUUAUUCUUUUACAUGGAUGGUGCUGUAGUCUUCAGAAUGUAUGGCCUAAUAGUACUUUCGCUGUGCUGUAUUCACAUCUGCGCCCAACUCUAUUUGGGACGGCAUGGCUCAAAUAUUGCCAGUACAUCAGGUAAAGAAUUCAACCACUCAGCCCGUUAUGCGAGUCCCAAUGAUGCCAUCAGUAUGCUUGGCGAUAACAACGAACUGACCAACUCUUGAGAAAGCAUUACAUCUCAGUGGCACUUGAGUCUCAGUUUAUCCAGCUACUGUUUAGGAACUUUGCCUCGCUAGAAAGGUGAUUAGCUCUGGGAGGCCACCGAAUAAGACGAUUGAAAUUCGGAGAUGAGUCGGAAAGUGAGUAAAAGUAGAACCCAUUUCUCUAAACUGGUUAUAAUUUUAAAGCUUUCCAUAGAGGGUUAAAGUUCCAGUAAUUUUUAUAGGCCCCAGUGUAUUCACCCACAGUUCUCAAGCUUUUUAAUCAUGCGAUUCAUUCAAUAUUUGAAUGAAUAUUCAACAAAUCAACAUAAUAUUUGAAGUGAAAUAUUAUUUCAACUUCUAUAACUCUAACUUUAAAUUUCGAGCUUUAAAGGUUCAAGCCUUCACUUAUUUAUGUAGAUUUUUCAAUCAAUAUGUAAAUGCAAUUCUUCAUUUGCAUGUACUCGACAUGACUUAUUGUCAAAUGCUGGUCUGGUGAAUACGAUUUCGCAUUUUUACAAGGGCUUACAAUUAUUUUUGUUUUUUAGACUAUAUUAUUUCCAAGUUAUUAUUUUUUUUUCAAAUGAUCGUUGAUCGUUCAAGUGGCAGCUUUUUUUUAAUUUAGUUCAAAUUCAAUUGUCUCAUUUUUUGCCAUAGGCUACUACAGCCUACAUAAAUUUAUAAAAAACAACAUAACAAGCAUACUAAUGUUAAACUAUUACUCCCGUCUUCCAAACAGACACGUUAUGCAAUCGGUGUAUUGCUGCCUAAAAACAUGUAAGACAGAAGUAUAACUUGAUCACCAGUGAUAUGUUAAUGAUUGAAAAAAAUCGUAACUGAAGAAAGUUUUAAAUACAAUCACUUCAAAACAUUCACAAUUUUUGUAAUGGCUUUACUAUAAAAGUAUAAUUUGAAAAAGGUAGCUAUGAAUUUGGAAUCUAUUAAAAUAUUUGUAAAAAAUAGACCUACCUAUAUUGUGAUAAGAAUAACCUUUAUCUUUUGUAAAAAAUGAGGAUUUAUAUAAUUAUCUCUUAAGAGUGUUGUGCUUUACUGUCUUGUGUCAUUGGUAUUCGUGAAUUGAAUUAAAAUAAUACAAAUAUAGUUAUUUAAACUAUAGGAGGGUUUCAACGAUAGUAUUUUUUCCUAUAUAAAACUAAAAAAAUUUUUGCUUAGUGCAAAGAAAUAUUCUCUAUACUUGAAAAACACUGUUCUACUGUCAAAUCAACUCUUAUUCGUUCAAUUUACACAUUUGACAACUAAAAAGUGCUUUUCAAUGAUGGAGAAGUUACAACAUCAACAUUAUGUAUUUAAAAAAUAUUCUCAAUGAAACAUUAAUUGUGCACUGAAAGGUUUCAGAGUGAAUAAUCCACUAUUAUCCUCAAACUUAUAUUCAAUAAUAAGAUUUUGAUUUUUCUAAGCAUUAUUCAAAAAUUUAUGUUAUAUUCUCAUACAUCUUAAAUAUAAUACAUUAACAUAAUAUACAAUAAACUACUAAAUAAUGGUUCUUUAAGUUAUUCUUCUUGGGACUCGAACCAAUGGUAUCCCAACAUUUAUUUUACCAUUGUUAAAUAGUUAUGUGAGACAUAAAAGUAGUGCUAUCUUCAUUGACAUUUGAAAAUUUACCAGAAAAUAAAGUAGUUUAAUGUCUACAAUUUUUAGAAACCUAAUUAGAACUAAGUUUUAUUUAAGAAUAUCUGAAACUACCAAAAGAAAUCAGAUUGAGGCAGAACUCAAUGCAAAAGUAAAUUCGUAUGGCUUUUUGUUGGUGGGGAGUCCUUAUUUAAUCCGUCAAUGGGCCUUACGACUGUCAUACUUCAGCUCAAUGCUAUUCAACUGUGAUAGUCUUUCCUAUUAUUUCAUUGAUCUUCAAAAAUCAAGAAUACAUCUGUUGAAAAUAUUGCUAUUUUAAUUGGUGUUUAUUGUUCAAGUAGUGUUUUUAAUUUUAUGCAUCAUCUAUGUAAACCUAUUGAUUUAUUAAAGAAAUUGUUUCGUUUUAUAUUUUUAGGGUUUGGAAACGAAGUUUUAACUAAGGGUUUUGAAAUGAAUAUAAUGUAUUUUUUCAAACAGAAAUUUGGGCUAUACCAAUCCUAAAAUGAAAUUUAGCCAAAGUAUUGCCAAAUUUGUUAUUCCAUUCCUAGGAGUAUACCUAAUGUGCUUGAAAUUAUGAUAAAAUCACUAUUAUCCUUUAUCCUAUUAUCCUUUUAUGAUCUAUUAUCUUGAUUUGUCAAUGUAGUUGCUCCAAUGACUGAUAUAGGCCUAUUGUGGAUCAAGUAUUUUCUUCUGGAAACUAAGGAUUAGCAUUUCAAAUGGUUAUAAACUUUUUACAAUAACUUUUACAUUUUUGAUACCGUACUACAAUACCAACUUUUAAGCUUUAACUAUUGUAAAAAUUGUUUGCUAUUAGAAAUCAUUAUACAUGGACAUGCAUUAUAAACCAGCCUUUGACUCAGAAGACUGAAUUUUUACAUUAUUGUUUGCAAUUAUUUGUUAUAAUGUAGCAAUUUCGGUCUAAUAUGGCCUGUAAUUUAUUUUCCAUUUUUAAUGAUCAUUUCAUCAUUAGAUUGCUGAACAAAGAAAGCUAACAGACCAAACAACUUUAAGUUCCUGAACAAAAAAAAAAAAAAAUAAUGGUUCUAUCGAAUGUAGCUUAACACUUUUAUACUUUAUAUUUAUAAAUAUCAUUACAAUUUUAGUCCAUGUCACAAUCUAUUAUACAGAGUAACCCAUAAGUCAGUUGACACGCUGUUCUGUUGUUAAUUUUAUAUUAAUGGUGUAUCGAAUAACAAUGAAAACACUGUCACGAACAACCAUCAAACAUAACCUCAAACUACUGUGGUAAACAAACCUAAACAGAUGGGGUUUGGUUAUUUGUAGCAACUCUGACCUUAAAAACUGCUAACGUCAACUUACUUAUGGGCCACUCUGUAUUUCUUGGUAGAGGAAUAUCAGUAUUAUUUAAAUAAUUGUAUUGGAAUUGAAUUCAUUUUUCAACACUAUUUCAGGCGACUUGCAGUUAUUAUAAUCUAUGCUCAAAAAUACCCACUCAUUUACAAUAGCUUUUAAUCCCUUUAAAUUAAUUUUUAUUUUAUCUUUGUAACUAAAAUGACUAGAAUUUCACGUAAUUCUUCCGUGCAAAUGACACUUCUUACAUUUUUCUGACUUAAUUUAUUUACUUAUUCGACAAUUAUACGGUUUUCCUCUUUUAUCUAUCUUUCACACAUUAAUUUAGAGAUCACAGUACUAAUUAGUGAUUAUUGCCUAUUUUAUGAUCAUAAAUUUUACAAGGUAAAUUUUUCAAAACAUAAUUUUAUUUGAAACCUCUAUGAUUUUCUAGAUUUUUAAUUUUAAUAAACCUAAAUUUAUCUAUGGAGCUAUUGAUAAUUGAUUUUUUUCUGUGAUUGAAAUUAUGAAUUAGUGAAAAUACUUCGAAAUUAGCCUAUUCUCAAUUUUCAAAAUGCUACAACUGUACUUAAUUCUGUUGAUAUUUAUUCAAUUGAUAUCGUAUAAAUAUUGAGUAACUUUUCAACUAUUUUGGUUUACUUUUCAUUAUUGUUUUAUCACAAAAGUAAUAAAUUCAAUUUUCAAAUAAUCUUACGGCAAGUUGAAAAACUAACUAUUGUGAACUCAGUAGGCCUACAGCACUAGAAUUCGUGACAUGAAGAAAUGUUGUCUACUUUUAUCAAAGAGUUUUGAUUGUUUAUGUUAUUUUUGAGAAUAAUAUUAUUAAUUUACUUGUUUUUUAUCGAUAUCCAUUACACUACUCAAAGUUUGGGAUGCAAAAUAUUGUUAAUUUGUACACUGUAUAUAGAUUGCAGUUGGUGUUCUUAAUAAAAUGUCUCAAAAAGU